AUGGGCCCCCCGAAAAAAUCUGGUGCCAUGAAUAACAAAAUUCGAAAACGAAAAUUGGAGGAUAAUGAUAAGUUGUCUAAGCAAAUGAAAUUAUUUUUGUCGAAAUCAUUAGAAGGUAAUACUAGUAGAACGGAAUUAUCCAAUGAUUUACCACUUAUUAACUCUCUACACCCUGAAGACUCUCAGGCUCAGGAAGAUCAUGUAGACUUUUCCAUUAAUGUAGGAAAUGAUUUGUCUAAACAGACAUCAACAAAUAAAGAUAAUGUUUCGGUCGUUUCGGAUUUCAUAAAUUCAAUACCCUCCACUUCCUCGGAUAAUAAUUCGGAAAAUAUUGUGCAAAAACCAUUACAUUUCAAUGAUCCGUCUUCUCGGCCUUACAUCAAUGAUAAAAUUAGAACACUUCUAAUAGAACACGGACCAGAACAAGGUAAAAAUUCAGAUUUUUCCUAUUCAGAAAAUUUUGAGCAAAGAAAAUUUUCAGCAGAUUGGUUUUUUAAAACACUCCCAAAUGGAGAUAAAAUUGAACGAAAUUGGUUAAUAGGUUCCAGUAAUGAUAUUACUAAGUCUAAUUGUGGCAUUUUUUUAAACUUGAUUGAACUUAUAAGUAGUUACAACCCUAUUAUUGCGCAACAUUUAUCAAAUUCCAAUAGAAGAACUACUUAUUUAUCUAACAAAGUUCAAAAUGAGUUCAUUUGCUUACUUGGCCAAGGGUUAGCUGAAGAAAUUUUAAAAAAACUUUCCGAAGAUGGAUUAGAAUUUAAAAAUUGUCGUGGUCAAGGUUAUGACAAUGGUGCCAACAUGGCUGGAAAAAUUAAAGGUGUCCAAUCUCGAUUACAGGAAAUAAAUAAACAUGCACAAUUUUGUCCUUGUACUGCGCAUAGUCUAAAUUUGGUUGGAGCCCAUGCAUCUCGAGUUUCAGUCAGAAUGGUAACUUUUUUCGGAACAGUACAAAGCAUAUUUAAUUUUUUUUCUAGUUCGACUGCUCGUUGGAACAUAGUAUCUCAGUUUUUAAAAUGUACAUUAAAAUCUCAUAGUGAUACACGUUGGGAAUCGAAGUAUAAUGCUGUACAUUCAUUACUUACUCAGUUGAAAUAUGUUAUACAAGCAUUACAACACAUAUCUGAAAAUUCAGAAUUUGGGGAUGGAGUCUCCGGUGCUCAAAGUCUACUUGGUUUGAUUAAUGUUGAGUUUGUUUAUCUUUUGGUUAUGUGGCUCAAUUUUAAAUCAACAUUGUCGAACAUUACUAAUGAUUUUGAAUUUCUUUCUGGGUUCCAUCUUAAUACGUUGUCGAUUGAAGAUCUUAAAAAACACGCUGCUGAUCUAGUUUUAAAAUAUAGUUCAGACCUGAAUAGUGAAUUACUAAAUGAAAUUGAAUGUUUUAAGUAUCAAGGUGAAGCAAUUAUACCUAAUUUAAAAAUGGCAACUUAUUUAGACAUAUUAAAUGGCAUAAAAACAUAUGAACUAAGCUCAGUGUAUCCAAAUUUAGUUAUCGCUUAUAGACUAUUACUUACUUUUCCUGUAACUGUUGCAUCUGGGGAAAGAUCAUUCAGUAAACUUAAACUAAUUAAAACAUAUCUCCGUUCAACCAUGACUCAAGAAAGAUUAUCGAAUCUUGCUAUACUGUCAAUAGAAAAUAAAAUUACACAAACUAUCAAUUUCGAUGAUGUUAUUGAAAACUUCGCAUCGAUCAAAUCUCGAAAAAUAAGUUUAUAA